CGGACGCACGCCGCCCGCCCUGGCCCCGACACAUACUACUAUAACCGUACUGUGACGUAAAUGUGUGCUACUACAGCUACUAGACAGGCCUAGGACUAACAUUACAGUGUACAAACUAUAAACGGUAGAACCGAGGUAACCUCGGUCGUUGCAUCUAUUAUUCAGCGGCAAGUAACCUAUGGCAAGGAUGGCGCCCUUAUCAGAUAAACAUGAAGAUUCCACAUGCGAGUAUAAAUGGUAAUGAAACAAAGUACAAGGAAAACACCACGGACUUCGAGCUAAGCAACAGUGGUAGAAAUGAAAAUGACAAUCUAAACACAAAUAACGACAAUGAUUAUGUUGCAUAUAAAAAUUAUAAAAAUAAAUUACCACUAACUCAAGAAAAUAAAAAUAAUGAAAUCACAAGCAUUAUUGAGUAUUGUGAUACUACGCAAAGUUCCGAUGAAAAACUUGUUUGUAAUCAGCAGUAUAGAAUCAAUGUAAUUAAUAAAAACAAUAAAAGAAAUAGUGAUGAAAAUUUUACAGUAAAAGAAAACGAUAACAAAAGUUUACCUAUAAAGUUGCAGGAUAAGUACAUUACAUAUGGCGCAAAAGUAGCUGGUAGAGAAGAAACAGCUCUAAUAUCACCAAGUACUGAUGAAAUGUCACAGAAAAGUUUAAAUUCUGUUACCCGAGGAAUAGUUAAUCCUAACUAUCCGGGAUUUCAACACUUAGCUCACACGUUACAGAACUUUUCUGCAAAUAUAGAACACUUUGAUCAAUCAGAAAACGAUAUGACGGAUGACGACAUAGAUGCAGACAUUAUGGAUCCUCAUAAUAAAAAUACCGAAGAACUAUCUACAGUAAUAAAUGGAAAUGAGGAAAUAAUGAGUAUAGACAUGGAUAACAUAAUUCCCAAUGAAAAAAUUGCUGAUAACAGUAGCAGUAGUACGGACAUUUUUGACCAAAUGCCAGAUCUUUUAAAAACAAUUAAUAAAAACAACAAUAAUGAUGUUUUGAAUGACUGUACAACAACUGAUAUUGAGAAUAAUUUUAAUACAAAGGAUAUAAUAGGUGAUUUCAAUAAAGAAAUUGAAGACGAAAUUAGAACACUUUUGAACUAUAACAUAAACAUAGAAGAUGAUUUACAAGAACUCAGAAAAGACAUUAAGGAAACUUUUGCUAAGCCCAUCGAAAAUACAAUCAAUAAUAUUAGCGAUGUUGUUAACGAUGUGAUAAAGAAAUUGGUGGAAAACCAAGAAGGAGAUAAAUAUGAAGCCUUAUCGAUUCCGGAAAGUACAGACGAAAUGAAAAGUAAUGACGAAGAUACAGUUAUGAGAGAAGAAAACGAAAGUAAUACAAAAACUGAGAAAAAUGUAGCAAGGCCUAGUUUUUUACUGAUAGAUAAUCAUAUGUCUGCAAGUAUAUCAGAUGCGAUUUUAUCUGACGGAAAAGAAGAAAUUAAUAUUCAAGAAUAUAACACUGACGCACUUAGUCAUAAUGUAGAAAAUACAAUAAAACAGUUAAGUACAGAACUAAGAAAAAUAAUACCAAAGCUAAAUGAAAUGCGUGACCGUGACAAACUUUGGACCGAAAACAAAAGAGGAAAUUCAGUACUGACUGAUGGAAAUUUUAACAAUAUACUAACUCUAAGCAGAAAUGAACCACGCAGAUGUCGAUUAAGCUUGCACCAGGCGAGUGGCCGUCUAAUACAAGACAACAUUACUCUGAGUCAAAAAGUAGGAAAGCUUCGAAAUGAAUCAAGAGUUCGACAAUCACUAGCUAAAAGUUUAAGCAAAGUUGAAAAUAAUUUAUCCACUCGGCAAGAUUAUGAUAAAGAAUUUAACUAUGAAUGUUUCGACGUUUACAAUAUUGAGACAGCGUUACCGAAGCUUGAUUUAGACGCUAUUGAAAGUCACAUAAAAGCAGCUAAGGAGGCAGAAAGACGAAAACGCAAUGACAGGGAAGAAAUUAGAAAAAGACUUGCAAUGGACAUAGAAGCAGAUGAAAAUUAUUAUAGUUUAGGUCAUACAGAUCGUCCUGGAAAGAAACCAAGCCUACAUUCAAGACUUCAAAAUGGCAAGAAUCUACAAAUAUGUUUCAUGAAUGAAAUAGCAUCUGAUAAUGAAUCUCAAUCGUCCGAUAUUGAAAGAAGUUUGAAAAGUAAUAGUUCAUCACAUACAAGCCUUCUUAGCAGUAACAUAUACAAUAAUCCAUACCAAACGAGGCCUCUGUCUGUUAGUAUAACAAAGGCUGACAAGGUUAACAAUGGUUCCAAAUUAAGACCAACUUCGCUACCUACAAAGUCUUCAAAAUCACGUUCAUCACAAUCUCUUAAUCAUAUUGAAAUAAAGGAAGCUGAUUUUUUUGCCCUGCAAGCUACUUUGCAAACUGAAGCGAGGAUUGCAUUGGCCCAAGCUAAAGAGUUAGCUCGUGUACAAAUGGAGCGCGAGCGGAGGUCGCGCGGCACGUCGCCGGUGACGGAGAUGUUGCGACGCAGCGUGGAGAAGGCGCGCGUGCCACUCACGCCGCCGCGCCGCCGCCUCUCCCGACAGAUACUCACUGACCUGAACAUCGCACAGUUGCAGGUGAUAGUGAACGAGCUGCACUCGCAGAUCGAGGCGCUGAACGACACGCUGGUGAAGCUGCUGAUGGCGCGCGACGAGCUGCACAUGGGACAGGACUCCAUGCUCGUCGACAUCGAGGACCUCACCAGAUACUUAGGUGUUAAGGAGCAGACGAAGAAGACCAAAGGCACUACAUCUAAGUCCGGCGUGAGGCGGCUCACGUCCCUGGUGCACAAAUAAGCACACCCCUUACAUAUUAUGCACCGUCGGAGAAAUUUAUUUAUAGGCAAAUAGCUGAUUCACGUAAUUUUGUCGAGUUAUAUAAAGCUAGUGGGUGCGUUUGGCGGAUAAUAGCGCUCGGUAUACGCUUGAUAGUAAAUAUUACGGUCGUCAGCGAGCGCACAUUUACUUCAAUAUAUAAUUUAAAUGAAUUAAAAUAUUAUAUUGUAACAAUUGCCACUUUGACAAUCAGUUGACAGUGUUCACUGCUAAGCUGCGUUUUGCUUACGAGCGCAUGCGGCUAAUGUUAUUCACUUUUAACUUCAGACACCGUCAAUGUUAGUCGGGUUCUGUCGGCUGGGCUUCACAUAACUCGACCGAAUUACGUAGGUUCGCCAUCUGCCUAAAAUCAAUUUCCCCGAUAGUACAUUGUGCAGUAAAGCCAACUUGUAAAUGGUUUUGACAAUAUUUCUUUAUAGAAAUUAACAGUGGUUGUAUGGAAAAGACAGUUGUCGAAAACCAUUAGGAAUAUGGUCGCACUGUAAUCUUUUCGAUUGUUAUUGUUUACUCACAUGGCGUUGUCCAAUUUCAACCAUACUACAAAAUGGUAUUGCCUACUUGUUAUAUUCAUUAACUAUAUUAACUAGUAAAAUAUUGAAUACAGUAUGAUGUCUAUAUUUACUGCAAGGAAACAACAAAAGAGUUGCCAACAGUUUCUAAUAAAUACAAACUUUUUGGAUUGCUGUUAAUAGAUUUACGAGCUUGUUUUUGUGGCUUAAAUGGCAAAAUGGCACCGUGGCCCGUGACAGUGUAAAUUAAUGUCACCCGAGAGUCACAUGCUCUCCUUUCAAUGUCGUCCAAGUAUUCUUGCAUGUGGCUGAAAGGUAAACUGUCGCCGGCGAUUGGUUGUAAGUUUUGACAAUUGCUUUGCAUCCACCAUAAAGUUAAUAAACCUAGCGGAACAGAGAAACAAUCCUGAGCUGUCAAACGAAACCAAAAUUGAAAUACAUCUGUGUGUAACAAUCUGUUUAAACAUGUAUGUGAAAAUUUUGUUCCUACAUACAUUUUUCUUAGAGUUCAAAUUAUCAACGUGCCGAUAAGUGCAGACUGAAAACACAUAAAAAAAGUGUUCUGCUACUUCAAAUCACGCAUCCCUUUUUAACAUGCAGUGAUAGUGACAUCUCACUUGCUCAUCUCUUUGUUUCUCUGUUCCGCUAGGUAUAACUUUAUGGCAUCCAACUUCCAAGCCCUUAUGACUAUGUCAUCACGCGCUAAAACUUUCUUGUCUUUUUAUAUAUUUU